AUGAUGCCGCCAAAAUUAAAGCUGUCAUAUAUUGGCAGCUUACUUCUGCUAGUUCUUUUAACGAAUAAUGUCAGUUGUUUUAAUUUAUCACCCAAACCGAAUAUAAUCGUUAAGGAUCCUGGUUUUGUAACAGAUAUGCCAAAAUAUCAAUCGUCGUAUUUUGGAUUUGCUUUAAACCUGAGGCCAUUGGGCAUUAUAGUUGGUGCUCCACGUGCACAAUCAACGUUGGAAGCACAACGUGGUAUUAACGAAACUGGUGCUAUUUAUCGCUGUACCUUGACUGGAACAUCACAAUGCAAUACCUAUGUGUUCGAGGAUCGUGGAAAUGUCAACGUACCGGCAAAUGAAUAUUCGUACGAUUCCGAGAAAAAAGAUCACCAGUGGUUGGGGGCGUCCAUAGAUGGUGGUCCAAAAGAUACCGAUAAACUUAUCGUAUGUGCUCCCCGAUUUAUAACACCCGUUACCAACGAUUAUCUAAUGCAUGGUGUCUGCUAUUGGAUCAAUGACACCCUGACACCGAAUCCCGUGAAUGUGACGAGAAUAUCACCACUACGCGGUAAGCAGGAGCAAAUUAUGGAUGAAAAUGGGAAACGCAUCUAUUAUUACAUGUUGGCGGAACAGGGUAUUUGUGCCCAUGUGACAGCCGACAACGAGGAAUUUUUAAUCGGUGCCCCUGGUAUACACACAUGGAAAGGUUCUGUAAUCCGUUAUCGCAAAGUGGUGGAUACCGAUGAGCCGAGUUUGAGUCGUCGCGAUACCAGCAGUGUUUCACGAGUUACCCGGCAGGCGGACGUUCAACCAGCACCAUUUACGAGAUACGAAACAAACAUACCAAACCCCAAGACGUUCGAUCAAGCGGACGACUCAUACUUUGGUUACUCCGUAGCGUCAGGAUAUUUUAAUUCAAACGAUCGCAACAAAUUGCUUUAUGUAGCAACAGCACCUCAGGACAGUGAACAGUCUGGAUUGGCCUAUAUUUUCGAUUAUCAUAGAAAUACAAUAAAUAAGCUGUACACUUUACGUGGUUCCCAGUUUGGAGAAUAUUUUGGUUACGCGGCUUUAGCUGAAGAUAUCAAUGGAGACGGUUUGACCGAUGUCAUAGUGUCUGCCCCACAAUAUAGUAUUUCCGGUUCAUUUGAUGACGGUGCAAUUUAUGUUUUUCUCAAUAAAGGCAAUAUGGAUUUUGAAAGCAAGACCAUUAUUUCACCCAUACAUGCCAAAGCCCGAUUUGGCACUACACUCACCUCUUUGGGUGAUAUCAACCAUGACGGCUUCAAUGACAUUGCAGUUGGUGCUCCUUUCGCUCAGAAUGGCGCUGUGUUUAUUUAUUUGGGCGGUGAGCAUGGUCUGCGCGAACAACCUAGUCAGCGCUUUGAUUUCACAGACACCACACAAUCCGCCUACGGACAAGCUAUGUUCGGCCAUGGUCUAUCCAAGGGUUCCGACAUCGAUGGCAAUGGUUUCAAUGAUUUUGCCAUUGGUGCUCCAAAUGCCGAAACCGUAUUCGUAUAUCGUUCCUAUCCUGUUGUCUCCAUAAAGGCUACAAUUUCUUCGGCAACACGUGAAAUUAAGCCUGAACAAACUUCUUUCCGUGUCGAAGUGUGCUACAGUAUUGCCACAACUUCGACCAAAGUCCAGUCACAAGAUCUGAACAUGCACGUCAUUCUUGAUCCACAAGUAAAGCGUGUUCAAAUUGCCUCCACGAAUAGCAACGAAAUGAAAUUCAAAGUUACAGCUACCACGACGAAUCAGUGCACCCAAAUCGAUUGCAAUGUCCGUUUCAAUGUUGAAACAAUAUUCAAACCUAUCGAAAUGGAACUACGUUAUAAGUUGGUGAAUGGCAUUCCAAAUUCUGAAGAAUUUUGUGAAACUUGUGCCGCAGUAGACCCCGCAGAACCUACAUCACACAAAGAGAAAAUUAUCUUUAGUACCGGAUGUGCUUCACAAAUAUGUGUAGCGGAUUUGCAAGUGAAAAGUAAUUUGGAGAAGAACUUUGUCUUGGGUAGCAGUCGCACAUUUAGCGUAUCAUAUGAUGUGUCCAACAAUGGCGAAACUGCCUAUUUACCACAAAUCAACAUCACCUCCUCCAACCGCAUGCCUUUUGCCAAGAUUCCAUCCAACUGCAAAACGAAUAAUCAGGACGUAUCUUUACUCUGUGAUCUCAAUCAGGGCCAACCGAUGGCCAAGGGUGCCAGCGAUACUAUUACAGUGAUAUUUGAUACCAGCAGGAUAUCGGGGCAAAGUAUGACUAUAGUGGCAAAGGCAUUUAGUACUGGCAAAGAACUGAACAAUGCCGAUAAUAUAGCCACAGAUGUGGUUGCCCUUAGCGAGUUUACAGAAAUUGUUGCCGUUGGAAAACCAAACACUGAUCAUAUUAACUUGGAAAAGGCUGGCAAUACAGCUGAAGUGAUUAAUCUCUAUGAUAUCAAGAGCGUUGGACCCAGUAAUGUUGGUUCGAUGAAAAUCGUUUUUGAUAUACCAGUGGCCUAUAGGAUACCCGAUACUACGAAAACAAUACCAAUUGUCGACAUGAGCAACAUUACAAUGCAAGCUGUCUAUGAUGCCCAAAUCAAAGAUGUCCAGUUCUACCAGAACACGACUCAAAUUCUAAUGAACGCAGUCGAAACAACAUCCAGCUUUUCCACACAAUUCACCAGCAAACUUGUAAACGGCGGCGGAGGCAACAAUGGCAUGCAUUAUGACUCCACAAAUAUGGGCCAUGUUAAUGAAUUUAAUAUUAGAGAGGAAUCCUUUGGAGAUUCGUUUAUGUCUAGCUCAACGGCACGUCGUCGCAGACGUCGUGAAGCGACUACCCUUACAGCCAAUAAAGAAAAUUACGCUCGCAUCACCAAUUCAAAGUCAUAUGAAUUGUUAGGGGAGGACUUGAAGGGAACUCUUCCGGUUAAUCGUACCAUUGUGUUCAAUUGUAACGAUCCGGAAACGACGAUGUGUGUGCGCGCUGUUAUUACCUUGUACGAUUUCAAACCCAAUAAACCAGUCACAGUGACCAUGAAAUACCACGUGGACUUGAAGGAGGUCAAUCAGAUUCUCAUCGAACCUUGGGAAUUCUUCGUGGUAGUAGUAGAUUUGAAUGUGCAAAAGACGGGAGAUCCUUUGGGCACAACAUUGGCUGUUACCAAAAAGUUAGAGUAUAAUAUUAUAUCGAAGCACCAACUGUAUGGUACACCUAUAUGGGUGAUAAUAGUGUCUGUCAUCGGCGGUCUAUUGGCUCUGGCCUUAAUUACCUAUGGCAUGUACAGAGCUGGCUUCUUUAAGCGUGCCACUAAGGAAGAAAUGGACAAGUUAAUGCAUCAAGCUCAGUUGUCAAGUGAUGGAGUUACUGAGGCAUCAAACCUAAAUAAUGAUGGAAACUGA